CAUUUGCAGAAAGGAUCGAGUGGCGGCCGGGACACGUAAAGGCUAUUCUACAAUUGCGUAAGCGUGAUCAGUCACACAAGAAAAUUUUAAAGUAUCAAGUGGAAGAAACAGUAGGCGAAGAACCGUAUGUAGCAACGAUUUUGUUACUAUCAGAUUCAAAUGAAGAACUUAAAGAAAUAAUUAGAACAAAAAGUGUUCGUGCUUCACCAUCGUAUUUGCUUGUGACAGCUUCGGAUAAAUCUGACAACGAGGGAAAAAAACAGUUAAAGCGUUCAAAAACUUUUCAAAUGAAUCGUCAGUUAAAAGAACAAGAGGAACUAGUCUGUAAUAAAUUAUCAAAGUUUAAGAGUGAUUUAUUGCCAAUAAACGUUACAUUAAAAGAUAAGGAAAAUUUAGAUUUGUCAAACAUUACUGAUACACCGCCAUCACCCAAAAAAUAUAGAGUAACAGAAGAUUUAGCACAAACAAAAAAUAAAUUCAUGCAAGAUGACAAUCUAGUCAAAGCACUAACCAAAGAAACAAACACGAGAAACGAAAAGGAGAAGUGUGGUAAUGAGUCCCCAAAAAAACAGUUAAAGCAUUCAAAAACUUUUCAGAUGAAUUGUCAAUUAAAGAACAAGAGGAACUAGUCUGUAAUAAAUUAUCAAACUUUAAGAGUGAUUUAUUGCCAAUGAACGCAGUUACAUUAAAAGAUAAGGAAAAUUUAGAUUUGUCAAACAUUACUGAUACACCGCCAUCACCCAAAAAAUAUAGAGUAACAGAAGAUUUAGCACAAACAAAAAAUAAAUUCAUGCAAGAUGACAAUCUAGUCAAAGCACUAACCGAAGAAACAAA